AUGGCAAAGAUCGUAUUGGGAAUUCCCAGGACACGGAACAAUCGUGAUAUUAUGAUUGGGGGUGUAGAUCUUGCUGACCACGACAAGAACCUGAAGAUGGUGCUUGGACGACUGGUUGCAUACCUUUUUCGGUACAUCCAUCGAUUCUCAGGUAUAUGCGAGCCUCUAAGAAGACUGGCCAAAGCCAACACCAAGUUCGAGUGGGAUCCAGAGACACAACGAGCAUUUGACGACCUGAAAACAGCGCUAACAACAGAACAGUACCAGUUUUAA